CAUGUCAUGCUCAGUGCCUGUCCCACAUUGUGGGUGUGAUUAUGGAGAGGCUGUGUCUGCCUGCUCACUAGUAUUGCCUAGCCCAAGGCCAAUCUGCUUGUGCAUGUGUGUGUGUGUGUGUGUGCGUGAGUGUGAAUACUGGGGAGCUCCAGAGAGUGAAUCUGCGGCUGUACAUCCACAAGCUGCAGCCUCCUAGUCAGCUCGCAGCUCUCCCCCUCCUCUCUCCGGCUCCUGCUGCCUGCACUCUACCUCUCGCUCUGUCUCUGUUCCGCUCUCUCUCACCCUCUUUCUGUGAGCUACUGAUUAUUGUUAUUAUUCACUCUCUCUCUCUAUUGCACUGCUACUGACAAGCAUUUGCCUGCGGGGGUGGCUUUCAUCAACUCCAGUCUAUUGUCAGCAAAGGAAAUUGCAACAGAACGACAGCAGCAGUGGCAGCGGCAGUAACCGUUCUCUUCUUCUUCUUCUUCUUCUUCAUCAGCAGCAGCAACAACAUCUUGGAAUUGCUUCGCCUGGUUCUGCUGGAAACACAGAGUGCUUGGUUCUAUUUUUUUUUUUUUUUUUUUUUAAUAUUUCAUUAAUUAUUGAACUGGGGGGUAAAUAAGGCUGCUUUCCCAGGGAUUUAUUUCAUGGGGAUGUGUUCAAGGCAAGAGAGGAUUCAGAAAGAUAUUGACAUUGUAAUCCAAAAGUGCAAGGCGGAGAAGGACUGCCUGUUUUCAGAUUUCAGAUACUCGGACUCCACAUUCACCUUUACUUUCCUAGGUGGCUCCAAAAGUGUUGCUUAUUCAGUGCAUGUCUCUGAGGACUAUCCAGAUAACACUUACGUAUCAAGCUCGGAAAAUGAUGAAGAUGUGUUAGUUACAACAGAACCUAUUCCAGUCAUUUUUCACAGAAUUACAGAGCUGAGGAAAUCCAAUGACAUCACAAAUAGCUUAUCAAUAAAAUCGAAGCUACAGAAAGAGAAUGGAGAGGAAUCCAGGCACAGCAGUGCAUUGGAAGAAGAUUCAGAAGGAGACAAUGAUUCAGAGGAAUUUUAUUACGGAGGGCAGGUGAGCUAUGAUGGAGAAUUGCACAAGCACCCCCAGUUGGAAGCCGACCUGGCAGCGGUGAGAGAGAUCUAUGGGCUCAAUGCUGUUUCUCUCAGGGAAUAUGGAGCAAUCGAUGAUGUAGAUAUAGAUCUACAUAUUGAUGCUAGCUUCCUUGAUGAAGAAAUUGCUGUUGCUUGGGAUGUCAUCCGCACAGAGCCUAUAGUGGUGCGUCUGCAUUGUUCCCUGACGCAGUAUUUAAAUGGCCCAGUUCCUACAGUGGACGUGUUUCAAAUUUCCACAAAGGAGAAAUUUGGUUUGGGGCAUCAGCUGAAAAAAAUCAUGCAGACAUUUGUAACUCAGCAGUGGAAACAGAGUAAAGAGAAAUCCAACUGUUCGCACAAGAAAGUGUCUGAUAAGAAGGUGAAGUCCCCUCUGCACAUUUUUUCUACGUUGCGCAGGUCGCCUAGUUAUCCUCCUCCUGGAUGUGGGAAAAGCAAAGUGAAACUAAAGUCGGAACAAGAUGGGAUCUCUAAGACUCACAAGCUUCUGAGAAGGACUUGUUCCAGCACAGUGAAAGCCGACGAUGUGUGUAACACAAAAUCCCACAGAAACUUUGGCCGUUCUUUGUCGAGUGAUCCUAGAGCUGAACAGACCAUUAGUGUAAAAUCACACAAACUCUUGAACCGCCCGUGUUCAACAGCCAUUAAGCAAGAGGAAUGCAUCUCGGUAAAGCAACACAAACUGCUAAGUCGUUCUUGUUCUGGAGAUCCCAGAUGUGAGCACAACAGCACCUUGAAGCCCCAUAAACUGUUAAGCAGGUCUUACUCUAGUAAUCUUCGCAUGGAAGAAUUAGAUGGACUUAAGAACCACAAAUUACUCAGCAAGUCUUAUUCCAAUGCCCCCAAAUCAUCCAAAAUGGACCUCUUGAAAGAACCUAUAGCAGAGGGCAGGAGGCUCUCUCUUACCUCAGGGCUGAUUGGUAUCUUAACGCCAGCUUCAUCAUCACAAGCUGCUCCAAACAAUGGUGCAAAAAAUGUUCCGGUGCGAGGUCACGGCUUUCUGGUUCAGACAAUAGAAUUUGCUGAACAGAGAAUACCUGUCUUAAAUGAAUACUGUGUGGUUUGUGAUGAACCUCAUGUCUUUCAAAAUGGACCAAUGCUGAGGCCCACGGUGUGUGAGAGAGAGCUGUGUGUAUUCGCUUUCCAGACACUCGGAGUAAUGAACGAAGCUGCAGAUGAAAUUGCAACUGGCGCUCAGGUGGUAGACCUUUUGGUAUCCAUGUGUCGGUCUGCUUUGGAGUCUCCAAGAAAAGUCGUCAUUUUUGAGCCAUAUCCUUCUGUAGUAGAUCCUAAUGACCCUCAGACACUGGCCUUUAAUCCAAGAAAGAAAAAUUACGACAGAGUUAUGAAAGCACUGGAUAGCAUUGCUUCAAUCAGAGAAAUGACUCAAGCACCUUAUUUGGAAAUCAAGAAGCAGAUGGAUAAGCAAGACCCUUUAGCCCAUCCAUUGCUGCAAUGGGUUAUUUCCAGUAACAGAUCACAUAUAGUGAAACUGACAGUUAACAGGCAACUGAAAUUUAUGCACACCCCUCACCAGUUCCUCCUUCUCAGCAGUCCACCAGCCAAAGAAUCAAAUUUUAGAGCUGCUAAAAAACUCUUCGGGAGCACAUUUGCAUUUCACGGCUCACACAUUGAAAACUGGCACUCAAUACUGAGGAAUGGUUUAGUUGUUGCCUCCAAUACAAGAUUGCAGCUACACGGUGCCAUGUAUGGAAAUGGAAUAUAUCUUAGUCCUUUAUCAAGCAUAUCAUUUGGUUACUCAGGGAUGAAUAAGAAGCAACAGAAAGUGUCGGCUAAGGAUGAUCCCCCAUCCAGCAGCAAAAGCAGUAGUACAGUACAGUCACAGAAAAAAGGACAACAAUCUCAAUUUUUACAAAGCCGUAACUUGAAAUGUAUAGCCUUAUGUGAAGUGAUCACUUCACCAGAACUGCACAAACAUGGUGAAAUCUGGGUUGUACCCAACACCGAUCAUGUCUGUACAAGAUUCUUUUUUGUGUACGAGGAUGGACAAGUUGGGGAUACAAGUAUUAACACACAAGAGCCAAGCAUUCACAAAGAAAUCCUUCGAGUUAUUGGCAACCAAACUGCUACUGGCUAAAGGAAGCCGCGGCAGAAUUUGCAGUCUCAAAGCUGGACUUUGUGCUGGAAAAACAUAUAUUUAUUAUCAAAAGUCUGAACACACGAAAACAAUUAUUUAAGCUCACAUUUUAAUAAUUGACCAUAAAAAAGACUACUUUUGGUGCGACAGAAUUACUGCUCUAAUGUAUUGGGGUGGAUGCAACGAACGCAGCAAAGUUAAAGAGAGAAAGGAACAUAACAGUUGUUAAAUAAGGCUACAUACUAGUCAUGUUUUAAUUAUAGCGAUGGUUUGCCUACCUUGCAAUAAGUACAGUAAUAUUACAUUUUAUGGAAUCUACGGUAAGGUUGAUUGGACAAUGGAAUAUAAUUGUAUUCUGUGCUUAUCUGGAAGACCAUACUUAUAGAUUUAUUUUUUGGUUUUGACUCAUUUUGUUGCAUAAGGAUAAUAAAAAAAAAGCAUAUCAGUGUUGGCAUAGCUCCGCACAGGGUCGGACUGGGCCCCGGACAUAAUGGGCCCCAUCGGCCCCGACCCUUGACGGUGCUCCCCCGGCUGGUGGUGUUCCUCCCCUGAUGCGUUACUUGCGCUCACUCAGGGGCGGACAUCGAGUGGGUUAGGGGGUGCAGCGGGGGUCCCUAGGGGGUGUGGGGGACACGGCCGGCGGGGGCAACUGCAGAGCCCCUGGGGCAGUUUUCCCGGUGGGCCCUGCACCCCCCAGUCCGACCCUGGCUCCACAGCUUUACGUGCAGGAUAUAAUGAAGUCAACCCAGGGGCUGGAUUUUGCACAUCUGUUGUUCUUUUGGCUUCUGUUCUACUGUUUGUAAUUUAAUUUGUUACAGUAUCAGUGACCUGUUAUUACUUUACUCAAUAUCAGUUUUAAAAAGAGCCUAUUCCCAAUUCUGAUGCUUUAUUCACUAUGGAAGGUGAUAUUCCUCAGUUUUUUUUACCCUUGCAAUAGUUUGUGGACAGCAAUUUCCUUAGCAAUGCGAUCGUUUUUAUACAUUUUUUUGCUUAAUGCCAAUUUAUUUGCAGAUGCACACAUUCUUUUAUAUCAUUAUUUUCUCUGAAAUUAACUUCAUUAAAAAAAUAAUGGGGCCAAUGAA